GUUUAAUAAUUUAAUAAAACCGUGCCCUGACUGUGGAAUUACAGAUUUUUUUUUUUGCCACGCCCUCUACUGGGAAAAAAAAAAAUCUGUCUGAUAUUUGAUUGGCUCACAGACCUGCGUGUAUUCUGCCUUAAAGACGUAACCUGCCUCACGGAGUGCUAAAUUGUAGGUACUCACAGUGCAAGAAGGAGAUUGUUCUUGCAUUCAAAUAUCUCUGAUUCCGAGGUUUCAGCACGCAUCAUGUCCAAGUCGAAGGGCACUGUGGUUCUGGCCUACAGUGGUGGCCUGGACACGUCCUGUAUCUUGGUGUGGCUGAAGGAGCAGGGCUACGAUGUCAUCGCCUAUUUGGCCAACAUCGGGCAGGAUGAGGAUUUUGACGCCGCGCAGAAGAAGGCGCAGAGCCUGGGAGCAAAAAAGGUGUUCAUUGAGGACCUGCGAGCUGAAUUCGUGGAGGAGUUCAUCUGGCCAGCGGUCCAGGCCAGCGCCAUCUAUGAGGAUCGCUACCUCCUGGGAACCUCCAUUGCCCGGCCCUGCAUUGCGCGCCGCCAGGUCAAGAUUGCCCAGCGUGAGGGCGCCCAGUUUGUCUCCCAUGGUGCCACAGGCAAGGGUAACGAUCAGAUUCGGUUUGAGCUGACCUGCUACGCACUCUACCCAGAAGUCAAGAUCAUUGCUCCUUGGAGGAUCCCGGAGUUCUAUAAUCGGUUCAAGGGCAGGAAAGAUCUAAUGGACUUUGCACAGAAACAUGGAAUCUCUGUGCCUGUAACUCCUAAAGCACCCUGGAGCAUGGACGCCAACUUGAUGCACAUCAGCUAUGAAUCUGGAAUUCUGGAAAAUCCCAAGAACCAUGCUCCAGACGACCUCUACCAAAUGACGAAAAACCCAGCGGAGAGUCCGGACUCUCCGGAUGUGCUCGAGAUUGAGUUUGCAAAAGGUGUGCCAGUGAAGGUGACCAAUGUGAAAGAGGGGAAGUGUGUCGACUCCGCCCUGCAAAUCUUCAUGUACCUCAACGAGAUUGGGGGGAAGCACGGAGUGGGAAGAGUGGACAUUGUGGAGAAUCGUUUCAUCGGCAUGAAGUCCAGAGGUAUCUAUGAAACCCCAGGAGGGACGAUUCUCUACCACGCGCAUCUAGACAUCGAGACCUUCACCAUGGACCGGGAAGUGAGAAAGCUGAAGCAGGGGCUCGGGGUGAAGUUCUCCGAGCUGAUCUACAACGGGUUCUGGUACAGCCCGGAGUGCGAGUUUGUGCGCCACUGUAUCCAGAAGUCCCAGGAGAACGUGGAGGGGAAGGUUCAGGUCUCCGUCCUCAAGGGACAGGUGUACAUUCUGGGCCGGGAGUCCCGCAAAUCCCUGUACAACGAGGAGCUGGUCAGCAUGGAUGUGCAAGGAGACUACGAUCCCUGCGAUGCAUCCGGCUUCAUCAAGAUCAAUGCUGUCAGGCUGAAAGAAUACCAUCGAUUACUGAGCCAGGCCGACUCCCAGCACUGAAAAGUGACAGAAAUUGCAGAACAUCUGCCACUGCUGCCUGCCCUGUUCCAUUUUUCCUUUCCGCUGUCUCGUAUUCUGUAGCUCCGCCGCUAAUUGUGCUCGAUCUAAUUCAAGAUUGAAAUUACUUACGCAACCUGUACCAUUGAUCCUCGGGGGUCCUUGGCGAUCGAAUUGUUGUGUGCAAAGUGGUGAGUGUGUGUACGUGGGGGGGGGGGUUCAAUUAGUGUUUUCAGGAAUAAGGAAGAAUAAAACAUUCGGCAAUGUCA